AUGAACCAAUUCUACGAUGAACCAAGUCGGGUAGGGGUUCCCGAUAAAUGCCUUCUUUAUCUCACCCUCUCGAUUGGUCUUGCUCUUGGCGAUCCACAAGACAAUGAUACAUAUAGCCUUGGUUUGAAAGACCAGCUUUUUGCCGAAGCCGAAGCAUUGUCCCGCCCCUACGAUUUAUAUGAAAGACCAAGGGGUCACUAUGAUGCCUCAUGGUUUCUUCAAAUUCUCGUGUUGAUGGCUUACUACAUGCUAGCCACAUCGAGAAGAAACCUAGCCUACGAAUACUGUGGUAGGGCAGUUCGGCGCGCAUAUACACUCGGGAUUCAUCGAGGUAAUGAAACGGAGGUUGAUAACUUUGCUGCCCCCCAGAACCAGAGAGUCUUGACACGGAAUAUCUGGCGGAGUUUGUUCAUCCUCGACAGAUUUCUGGCUUCCUCGCUAGGAAGACCCGUGGCUAUUUCCGACAACGAAUACUCUGAUUCAUCACUCGCCAGCCCCUGCGGAUCCUCGAUAAGAGACAUACUUGAUCCUAUUGUAGAAGCAUGCCAGAUCAUUGGCCAAACACUCAACAGCAUAUACCCUCGCCGUAGAGUCGCGUUUGAGGUACCGAACCAGAUGAUGAACUACCUGGAACAUCAUCCGGAUUUCAACAAUGAUGGCUUGUUUGAAAAUGGUAUGGCGAACUCGUCUCACAUGAUGACACAGAUCAAUAUCCAACUGAUCGGUUUCUACGCCAAUAUCGUUGUCUGCCGGCCUUUCUUCCUGCUGCGUUUCAAGGACACAGUGGAAUGCAAAACACUUGACGGUACCGAGGCUGAGAUCAACAAGUUAUCUCAAAGAUGCGUUUCUCAGUCGCUUGAAGUAAUCAGGAUGGUGAACAACCUUCGUUCGAUCUCGUCUUACCGUCUUGACCCCAUUGCCCUUUAUGUGUUAUUUGACGCAUCCCUCAUUCUGCUCAGUAGCACCUAUGCAGACAUCUACGCCAGUAAGGAACAUCUGCCGUUGGUGGCAAACGUGAUAUCCAUAUUGGAGACAUGGUCCAAAUCAAGCCUCUAUGCAGGACACUUUGCUUCAAGAUUGGAAUUAUUUCGGCUUGACGUUGAACGCGAAGUGCAGGCGAAGGUCGUCAAAACAUCCAGAAGACCAGUAUAUCGACUCCAACCUGAGCCGGCCACAUCGUACGACCCCAGCCAGUAUCGGUCCCCCUUUAAUCCAGUCCCUUACAACAGUUCAAAUCCCCCAUACAACAGUCGUCGUGGACCAGCAGCCACGGCCCAUGCUAAGGUCAAACAAGAAGAAGGCGUGCAUUCAGAAACUUUGGUAUCGAGACCUUUGCUUAGCACAUUUCGGUCCCGAUCCUUGACUGAACAAAAGAGUCCACGAUACAGCCACCAUGGCAGCUUCAUGGAUUUAGACAGGGAGCAUCAAGGCUGA